AUUUGUAUACAUCCAGAGCAGGUAUUUUUCUAUAAAUAGUGACAAAUUUAGACGUUGAGUAAGUGAGACAAAUUAUUAACUGAGUCUAUGCCAAUGCACUUAUUGAUCGAAUGUACUGUACUAUAUGUGUAUUGAUAUUUUUAUAUGAGUUAUCACCUAUUGCACCUGCGAGGUACUGACAAAGCUGAAUUCGCACCGGCUUCCGUGAAAAUCGUCAGCAGUUAAAGCAAUGGCCGACCCAGCUCCACGCCAAAUGGUAUCAUGUCCCUACAACAAGUCACAUCAGUUGGAGCACUAUCGUAUGCACAUUCACCUGCAGAAAUGUAGGAAACAACACCUAAAUUGCAACAAAGUUACGUGUCCCUUCGACUCAACGCAUGUCGUAAAUGACGUGGAGCUAGAUUAUCACGUGAGUGUCUGCCCCAAGAGAGAGAUGUUGGACAGCCAGAUGUAUGUUAUGGAUAACGAUUACCGCCCAGCCGUGGAAGUGCAGCCUCCGCCAGUGGUCACGUAUGAGGAGAACUGGGACGAUUUCAAUACAACAUCUUACAUACCAGACCCAGCUAAGAAAGGGUCACAUAUUAUUACAAAGAUCAGAGGUGCAACGCCGUCCGAGAGGCGGAAGGCAAGGAUGCAGGGUAUUGCAAAUUUCAAACCUCUAGAAUAAACAUACCAAGCAUA